GGAGCCACCAAAUCAGUGAGAUAAGAGGGGAGUGAAAAGAUGUUAAAUAGCAAGUCUGGCUCACCCUGGUCAGUCUGGACAUUUGACUUCUCAGUCAACAUGAAGGCUCUCAUUAUUCUGGGGCUUCUCUGCCUUUCUGUUGCUGUCCAAGGCAAGGUCUUUGAGAGAUGUGAGCUUGCCAGAACUCUGAAGGAACUCGGACUGGACGGCUAUAAGGGAGUCAGCCUGGCAAACUGGUUGUGUUUGACCAAAUGGGAAAGCAGUUAUAACACAAAAGCUACAAACUACAAUCCUGGCAGUGAAAGCACUGAUUAUGGGAUAUUUCAGAUCAACAGCAAGUGGUGGUGUAAUGAUGGCAAAACCCCUAACGCAGUUGACGGCUGUCAUGUGUCCUGCAGCGAAUUAAUGGAAAAUAACAUCGCUAAAGCUGUAGCAUGUGCAAAGCAAAUUGUCAGUGAGCAAGGCAUUACAGCGUGGGUGGCUUGGAAAAGUCACUGUCGAGACCAUGACGUCAGCAGUUAUGUGGAGGGUUGCACCCUGUAACUGUGGAGUUAUCGUCCUUCAGCUCAUUUUGUCUCUUUUUCAUAUUAAAGAAGUGAUAGUUGAAUGAAAGUUUAUACCAGCAUUAUUUCAAACAAAUAACGUUUUUACAGAAGCAGGAGCAGGUGGUCUUUCUUCUAAGAAGCUUAAUGUUUAUCUAAUGUGUUAAUUGUUUGAUAUUAGGCCUAUAAUAUUCUUCAGUUUGCUAAUGUAACUAAUACCGGUGAAUAUUUGUCUAAAACCUUAAUUAUCAAAUAUGUCUCCAGUACAUUCAGUUCUUAAUUAAAGCAAGAUCAUUUAUGCACCUUGCUGAUCAUGAAGGAAUAUAAAGAGGGAUUAGAUGAGCUGUUUCUUUCCUUAAUUUUAUUAGCAUAGAUUCAUGCAUUAUGACCAAAUUCAGAGGCAGAUAAGUAUUGAAAUAACUAAUUAACCACAGAUAUGAAAUUAUGCAUGCUGUAAAAAAUACAAACAAUUUCAUUAAAAGCUUUGCAAUUCA